AUGACCGCAGAUUACUUUGAGUACAAACAUCAGCUCCCGUCAUCGGCAACGAAGGCUGCUGAAGUAGAUGUCAAAUCUGCAUCCGCCUCGCUCUUCUCCAAUGUUUCCUACUCGACAACACUCCUUGACCCCGAUAACUUCCGCGCCGGUACAACCCUGCAUGUUUCCGCUCGUGGAAUUGGCCUUCUUCGACUUCCGGUCCCUUCUUCGGAGCUGCAGAUUCAAAUCUUCCAUAAUGACGGGAGUUUAGCAUAUACCUCGACCAGGGCAAAGCGAUGUUCUGGGAAUGCGAUACUCAACCAUCCGAAGCUAGGCGACUUGAUAAGCUCAACGUACUUCUUUGGCCCCAAGCGCAAGCCUGAAUUCAGGUCCGCCCAAGGUCGAGCUGGGGCUGGUGGCGAUGGAGACGAAAUAAAAGCUUGCGGGAAGCUGGGGUCUCGGUCUACGACGUUCACCACUCCAGAUGGGCAAAUGUUUGAAUGGAGCUAUUCGCGGAAGAAUGACCCCCUGGGCAAGAGAGUAAACGUCAUCGCACUGCGCCGGAAAGACACGGGGAUGAUCUUGGCCCAGUUGAUCAGAUCGGAUGGUACGCGUACGGAGGGUACAACCAGAUGCACGGCUGGGAACGGUGGGCAGCUCAUCCUCGACCAAGAAGCGACGAGUUACCUGGAUGAGGCAUUGAUCGUGGCCACGUGCCUGAUGAUGUUGAAGAAAGAGAUCGAUCGGAGACGAUGCUUGCAGAUUAUAGUGCUCGGCGCCGCAGCUGGCUGCGGCGGUGGAUGUUGA